AAAAAAAAAGGUUUUCCCAUUGUUUCCCAAUUCCCAUUUCCACGCCCACACAGCCUUUGUUGACAAUCGAAAAAAGCCGGAGCAAUUUUCUUGUUAAAUAUAAGAAUAAGUACCUAGUUAUGUCGCUAAAGCUAAAGUCUAAUAAUAAUUGGGCAUUAUGUCCAGUCGAUAUCCUUCUCGUGGUGUUCAAAAAAUUAGACAUAAAAUCGUUAUUGAAUUGUAUGAAUGUAAAUAUUUAUUGGCGAAAUACUGUUGAAUAUUAUUGUGAGCAUGUUAACCUAUGGAAGGCAAUGCUUCAAAAUGCCAUAGAUGAUGAAGGUGUUACAUUUGCUGAGAAGUCUAACUUGGGAGAGCGAGAACAAUUUCUUAUUGCACAGCAAUGGUAUAAUGUUACAAAUACAAAUGUGUGUUUGCGACAUUGCUACAAAUUUGAUAGUAGCAUUAGAAAUAUAUAUGUACAUAAAGAUAAUCUCAUAGUAGUGACUAAUAAUGCUGUAAAAUAUUUUAAUAUAAUGAAUUUUGAACAUAUAAAAGUGAUAGACAAAUCAUGUGUCAGAUAUGAGGAAACAUCAUCAAUGAUUGUUGAACUGUUAGUGGCACCCGAGCAAAAAUUAUCACCUUUACUGACUCUCACCAAUAAAUUGCAUGCCAAUUAUGUUGACUCUGAAAAUGUGAAGCAAAUUAUACUGAAGGAUAUAGAUUCAUAUAUAGUCCAUUUGAAUUCUUGCUACGAAUAUAGCUGUGAUAGAGUUCUGUGGAUGCACACAGCCAAAGAAAUUGGUUGGGAAACCAAAGCUAUGGCGAAAUAUCACGGAAUCCAACAAUUUUGUAGUUUACAUAUUUACAAGAAAAAUGUGUAUAUUCUAUUAAAAUGUGGUUCUGUCUUAACUCCUGACACAGAAUGCAACAUGCUUGUCUUUCUUUUUCGUUUCCCAGAGCAGUUAAUUGAUUGGAAGCCAUUUAUGUUUCAUGAGUGCAGUUUGCUAUUCAAAGCACCAGCACCCAGUGAACGCUCUGUGGCGUUAGUUCAAACACGCAGGCACAAUAGCUUUGUAAAGAUCAUGCCGCUUCGAGAUGGGGUCACAUGUGUUUUAGAACAUGGACAUAUUUUGAUCCUAGGGCGUGAAGAUGGAAUGAUUGAGAUUUAUCUUACUAGAAAAUUGAUGGAUCCAAGCGAGGCAAACUUCCCUGAACUAAAGCUGAAUUUAAUGAAUUACUUGUGCAAACCGGAACCGAAAUCGGAAUUAAGCCUUCGUAUAACUGCACUUGAGAUACAUGAAGACAUUUAUACAGGACAUCAUCUGUUUGUGUCAACAAUGUUCAAUAUAUAUGAACUGUUAUUAUAGUGGAGUAAACGAAGCAUUUUCGUCAGAAGUCCUCAGAAACAGCUCCGAUUUUGAUGUUUUUUUUUAAAUUGUAGUGUUUUAUAUAAUAUUUAAAAUCAGAAACGUUUUGAAGCGGGGAAAUAACUUUUAUUAUUUUUUAAUCCAUAUGUAUGAUAUUUAUACAUGAAGUCCAGUAAAACCUUAUCUUCUCUUUGAGAGGUUGUAGAGGAGGUUAAAUGCUAUCAAAUGACUUCUUAACACCUAUACGCGUAUAGAAAUUAUGACUCUGGUACAGUUUGGGGCCCUAACUGGAGAACCUAUGAGGAUUAUUAUUAUUUUAGUACACAAAAUUAUUAAUUGAGAUGGCUGCCACUUAGAAACUUAGUAAAAAAUUGGCACUAUAACUUACUUUUUUUAAAUAAAUUUUUAAAGAAACAAAUACGUAUUUUUUUCUGAAAACGUAAUAACUCAAAAACGGGUCCAUUUUGCGCAUAGGUGUUUAGAGGUCAUUUGAUAGCAUUUGACCUCCUCUACAAACUCUCAAAGAGAAAGGUAACGUUUUACAGGACUUCAUGUAUAAAUUUCAUUCAUAUGGAUUAAAAAAUAUCAAAAAUUAUUUCUCCGCUUCAAAACGUUUUUGAUUUUAAAUAAUAUAUAAAAAACAGAAAUUUUAAAUAAUCAUCAAAAUCGGAGCUGUUUCUGAGGACUUCCUAAGAUUGACUAUUUUACUGCUUUAUUGACCCCACUAUUAUUUAUUUAAAUAUUAUAAUCUACGGUAGUAAAAUCCGCGAUCUCAUGUGUGUGCCUAAUAUUGUAAUUAACUAAUUAAUAAGCUGAAUCUAGAGUUAUACCAAGGUACCAAGUAGGUUUUAGAGCCUAUAUAUUUUGUACGUUUUUUUACAUUGUGGAUAAAUAAAUCAAUUUUUUGAAAAGGAGGCAUUUUCGAAUUUCUGAAA